AUUAUAGCAUUUUUAUUCUGGUGUUCAGAUCGAUUGUAGUGUUUUGACAGAAUGUUUUUCUCUUAAAGAAUUGAUAGGUUUAUUCGGAAUUGUCUAAUAUAUUUGACUUAGAAACCUGUAGUAAUAUGCAGUGGAUUAAGAUCAAGUGCACGUAGUUUAUUUUACUAAUGUUGUUAUACAAAAUUUUCUUCUAAUAUGGGAACUUCGAAGAGUAUUCCAAUGGUUAGUCAACCACGCGACAAAAUUGUUAUCGUUACAGGUUCAAAUUCAGGUGUUGGAUAUGAAACUGCCAAAUUUAUAGCAAUGAUGGGAGCCCAUGUUGUUUUAGCAUGUAGAUCAGAAGAAAAGGCUAGAGAUGCAAUGAGAAGAAUGAAUGACGAAUUUCAAACAGAAAAACAAUUACGGAUAGACAAUGUAAUAACCGAUGAUGAGUUAGAUAUAGAAUUUAUGAAACUAGAUUUAGCAUCUCUGAAGUCAACCAAAGCAUUUAUAGACAAUUUCAAAGCAAAACAUAAAAAGUUGAAUUUGCUGAUAUGUAAUGCCGGAAUUUAUUCUCCACAUCAAGUCACAACAGAAGAUAAUUUAGAUUUGACUUAUCAGGUUAAUUAUUUAUCCCAUUUCCUCAUUGUUGCGCAUCUUCUUCCUAUUAUGAAAGUCUCUGGAAACGACUGUCGUAUUAUACUUGUAUCUGGUGAGGCUCACAAAAAAGCUAAAGGCUUCGAUCCUGACUAUGCCGCUGGGAAAAUUCCUCAUCAUUACGAUGGUUAUAGAAUGUUUGCAAAAACAAAAUUAUAUCAAAUUAUGCAAAUGUAUUCUAUAGACAAAGUGAUAGAGAAGACAUCAAUUGAAAUUUGUUGCGUUCAUCCGGGUUCUUUAGUAAAUACUAAAUUCUGGGAAGAGGAAGAUAGCUGUGCUUUUUGUUGUCUGAAAUGCUGCUAUACCUGCUUGUGCCAAGUGAAGGCACCUCAUGAUGGAGCCGCAACCUCUAUUUAUGCUGCAAUUACUCCUGAUUUAGAAGGGAUAAGUAGAGCAUAUUAUACACAGUCAAAAUCAGCUCCAAGAUGGCCAAGUUCUGAUUCCAGGAGCGAAGAUAUGCAAACCUAUUUGUUUGAAUCAACAAAAGAACUUUUAAAAUCUUAUCUCACAUCAGAUAUUUUGCGAGAACUAGAACUUACGCCAAAAAUUACAAAAACAGAACAUUAAAAUAUUAAUAAAUAGUCAUCCUCCUAACUUUAAAGGUUCUUUCAUAUUAAAUAAUCCUGACUUUUAUUUGAAUGCCCUGUGAUAACUGCUCAGUGUAUUAUUCUAUCAUGAUUAUUGCCCUUUGUUUCUUUGUACAGUAUCGUUAAUUAAACGUGACAAUAGAUUAGCCAAAAACUCCAAAAUAAAGCAAACAAUAUCCACUGUC